ACGUAAAUACGCCACCUACUGACGUCUGAUGGCAAACGGUUGGACGGGUGGGGAAACAAGCCCGGUGUUUGUAUCCCUGCUGCCCAGUGAAGAAAGGAAGCACCGAUGCCCCCAGAGCGCCUCCCUGCUUUCGGCCUGGACCUGAGAGAAUGAAAGGAUGGCGGAGCGGCGCUCCGGCGGAGAACACCGAGCGCUGACGGAGGCUGCGGUUCACCGGGGGGACCAGAAUGACGCGAUGAAUUCUGCCGAGGAUCUGUCUCUGGAGGAGAUACUGAGGCUCUACAGCCAGCCGGUGAAUGAGGAGCAGGCAUGGGCGGUGUGCUAUCAGUGCUGCCGGAGCCUGGAGAAGGCGCACCGGGGCGAAGGCGGCUCCGCUGCCGCAUCACCGCGGAGGAUCUGCGGACCGGAGGAUGUUAGAAUACAGAGAGACGGAUCGGUGAAGGUGGAUCAGCGCAGCAGCCAAGGUAAACUCAGCCCCUGCAUAACAACUGAGGUCAUUGAGUCUCUGGGCAUCAUGAUCUACAAGGCUCUGGACUACGGGCUGAAGGAGAAUGAGGAGAGGGAGCUUAGUCCUCCGCUGGAGCAGCUCAUUGAUCUUAUGACCAACUCAGCCGAAGCUGAGAAGGAAGCCUGCCUUGAUGAAGGCUAUGAGGCAACAGAAGAAGAAGACGAAACACAACAGGACUUUAACAGCAUCUCCAGAGUUCGUAGCUACAGAGAUAUCCUGAAGCUUUGCACGGCUCAUCUUCCCAGUGUGUCAGAUGCCCCAAGUCACUACCAAGCGGUCUGCCGAGCUCUCUACACAGAAACCAGGGAGCUACGCACUUUUCUGGAGAAGAUCAGGAGUGCCAAGGAAAACCUCAGAAAGAUGGAGGAGAAAACCUCGGUAGACGCAGUCCGAGACCUGAACGAGCUGCAGAAUGCGGACUGGGCCCGGUUCUGGGUUCAGGUCAUGAGGGACCUCCGUGAAGGAGUCAAGCUAAAAAAGGUGCAGGAGCGUCAGUACAACCCUCUGCCCAUCGAGUACGAGCUGACUCCUUAUGAAAUGCUGAUGGAUGACAUCAGGUCCAAACGCUACAAGCUGCGAAAAGUCAUGGUUAAGGGAGACAUCCCACCGAGGUUAAAGAAAAGUGCUCAUGAAGUUAUCCUGGAGUUCAUCAGAUCCAGACCUCCCCUUAAUCCUGUUUCAGCCCGUAAGCUGAAGCCUCAGGCUCAGCCUCCUCCCACCCUGCAUGAGCGAAUCCUGGAGGAGAUCAAGUCUGAGAGGAAACUUCGGCCAGUAUCCCCCGACGUCAUCCGCAGAGGAAGGCUGGGUUUUGGCAAAACUCGCAGUAUGCCUCAGGAUUUGUUCCGUACAGGAACAGAUGAGUUUAGUCCUUAUAUGGGCAGGAGGACGUCCAGUUCUCUGUCCCUGACCAAUGGAUCACAGUCUCCCAGAGUAGAACCAUCAGGUUCUCAGUCUGUCCCUCAGAGGAAGAAACUCCUGAAGGCUCCCAGUCUGGCUGAGCUGGACAGCUCCGACUCUGAUGACGAGCUGGUUGGACCCAUAUCAGCAAGCAGUAGUGUUGCAACAUCCCUGAUGGAUGAUACGUCCCCAGAGUCCGUGCUGGGAAAGAAAACCCCUCCCAUGUUCCUGCCCAUCUCCUCCACACCGCAGCCUGAGAGGCGUCAGACCCCCCAGAGGAGACACUCCAUCGAGAAGGAAACGCCCACCACUGUCCGGCAGUUCCAGCCUCCGUCCAAACAGAACUCCAAGUCUCUGGAGGAGUUUUGUUUCCCUGUGGAGUGUCUGUCUCUGACUGUGGAAGAAGUGAUGCACAUCCGGCAGGUGCUGGUGAAAGCAGAGCUUGAGAAAUUCCAACAGUACAAAGAAAUCUACAAUGCCAUGAAGAAGGGAAAGCUUUGCUUCUGCUGUAGAACCAAAAGGUUUUCCUUGUUCACCUGGUCCUAUACCUGCCAGUUCUGCAAAAAGCCUGUGUGCUCACAGUGCUGCAAAAAGAUGCGGCUUCCAUCCAAACCAUAUUCCAGUCUGCCUAUCUACUCCAUCGGCUCUACCAACACUCUGCCCAGAGACAGAAUAAUCUCCAUGGCUGCUGUCGGACAAGGACUCUCUGUGGCUGGAGGGCCAGGCCCGUCAAUGGCACCUAAAGAGGUUGCUCCAUCCCCAACUUUGAAAGGAGCUACCAAAGCAGCAUCUAAAGGAGCUGGAAAAGCUACAGGAGCAACAGUAGCUCCCAAAGCUGACAAACCACCCGGGAGCCAACAGCGCCACAGCAUUCAGAAGACCAUGUCCAAGCUUUCGAAGCAUGGCUCUUUAAAGUCUCAUGAAGAGCUGGAGCUUCCCCCAGAGCUAACAGAGGACUGGGCCACCAUGGAGGUGUGUGUGGAUUGCAAGAAGUUCAUCUCUGACAUAAUCGCCUCCAGCAAGCACAGCCUGUCCCUGGCCACGAAGAGGGCUCGCUUAAAACGCAAGACGCAGUCUUUCUACAUGUCGUCUCCGACAGGAGCAGAGAGCUACAGACCAUCUGAACGGACCAUCAAUGAAAUCUAAAACCCCUCCGUCUUACCGGGCGGUCCAAGUGACUCCCGCUGAAGUGUUUUCCUUUCCUCCUCAUCACAAUGACUGCAUGUUGCAGGACCACCAGUCUCCGUCAGUUCUUUACCCCAUCCCAGCCUUGUAUACAGUUGACUUUAACACAAAUAACCUGGAGGUGAAAGUGAACCUGACAUCUCACCACUGAUGGCACAACUGUGUUGUCCAGAUCAACUCAGAUUCAUUUUAAAGCACAAAUACGGAAGAGGAAUUCUCUCUUCAACUAAGAGAGACGCUCCAGAAAACACAGAACAUAGAGCUGUAUAUUUUAUAUGGGUUAUAAUUUAGUUUUUUACAUGUAUAUUUGGGUGUAUGUGUGUGUUCUGCACAGGACUGCUUCUAAAAGAAAAAAAGGAAAAGCCACCUACUAUUUUGGGAUUUGCUGAUGUUGCUCAGGAAGAUGUAUCCUCACUGCUGCUGUCAGCCCACCUGAGAGCGUUGUUCUGUCCUCUGAAGGAAAAAUGUGGAGGGAAAUUAAUUUUCUUUUUUUUUUUUGGAAA